UUAAUGGUGGUUCGACCCACCCGCGACCGUGGAUUCCUUCCUUCGCCGAAAUUCCAUCGUGUUUCUCUCUCUCUCUCUCUCUCUCUCUCUCUUUCUCUUUCUCUCUCUCUCUGUCUCUCUCCUCUCUCUCUCUCUCAUUCCUCAUCCCUUCUCCUAUAUCUCCCUUUCUGUCUCUAUUCAACGCACACACGACGAAAGCGAGGAUGCUCGUGACUGUUUGCGGCGAUGCAACGGCACAGCCUGCGUGUUUCCUAAGCGACGACGACGACUCCAGAGAACAUAGUGACUCCAAGAUUUCACCGUGAGAUAACUCGUAGUACAUACACAUACACACACAUAGACAUACAUAGGCGCGCACACGCAUACACGCACACGCAUAGACACAGAAACGGAACAGAGCAACAACAGCAAUUACCCCGUUCGUGAUCGAUAAUGAAGCGUACGACGACGUGCAUCCUGUCUAAGAGAGCCGGAUUUGCUUGCUACAGCAUCGAUUCCGUACUUCGAUUUUCAAGAUAUCGUUCUAUCAUCGAGGAUUCCAAACUAGAGUGCUGAAUCGACCAAAAAAAAAAAAAAAGAGAGAAAGGAGAGAGAGAAAAAGAGAGAAAGAGAGAGUGUGAAAAAGCAUGCCAGGAGGGCGGAACGGUACGGAUCACACAAAUCAAUAUUUCCGGCCGAUAUGGAGGCAGGAUCGAAUUCGAUGAGGUCUUUUCGAUCGACGCUCUGAUUCGAAGAGAAAACUCAUUUCAUCUUUGAGAGAACCUGAACAUAAACUUCGAAGGAGUACGCGUUCUUCAGAAUGUCCUUCUUCGGCUGGAAAAGAGGCGGUAGUGAUACUUCCGAUAAUACUGGAAGAAAUUUACAGGAUGGCCUCUUUCAAAUAGCCUCGCAAGCUUGUCACAUACUCGUACAGGUCAGCGAUACAUAUACGAUCGCGGCCAUACGUGACUCAAGUGUAGCUGAUAAGAUGAUUCCAACGCAGACGUUUACUUUGCCUUUCCUGGUGUGUGUAAACAAUACACAUAAUGUUUCUUACGGAGGAGGAAGCAAUAAUGUAACGAACGUUGCAUAUUCGAAAUAUUCGACCGCGGGUGGAUCGACCGCACUAUCGACAUCCACUUCGGUACGAGGAACAUCUUCAGGCAAACCGUAUCCGAAAUAUGCCGAACCACGGACUAAGGACCAAGACGUUGUGGUUCUGUUACCGCAUAGGAAGAGCAGGACACCCAGAAUCAAACACAAAUUAUCGACGGUCUCUGAAAAUGCAAGAUUGGACGUUAAUUCGUCGGCAGGUGAUGACGAUUUAGAGUUAUGGGACCAAUCUGGAUUCAUGCUGCGAACCGACGUAGACGAUCCUCUCACUAACGCGAAGUGGGGCGCACAAGGAUGGUGCAGACCAAGUUGCAUACCAAUAACAGUUAUCUUGAUACUCAUCGUUCUCGUCGUACUGUUACCCCUUCUUGAUCAUGCCACGGAUAAAUUUGUAUUAAAUUCGACGAGCAUCGAUGCCGAACUAACUUGUAUGGAUAGCUGUAGUAUAUCUCUCGUUGAAUCCAUACCGAUUGGAUUGAAUUAUAGCAAUAAUACGGUGUUACACGAGACUACCUACGAUUCUUGGAUGAAUCUAAUCGCAAUGGCCGAAAACACGAUAGAGAUAGCGUCCUUGUAUUGGACCAUGAGAAGACAGGACGUUUAUCCGGAUGAUAGUGCGAAAGAGGGUGAGGCCGUAUUUCAAGCGCUCAUAGAAGCAGGCCGGGAUAGAAAAAUUUCAUUGAAGAUAGCGCAAAACAUGCCUUCUCAUUUGUAUCCGAAUGUCGAUACCGAAAUAUUGACUAAGAAAGCACAUGCACAAGUAAGAAGUUUGAAUUUUGCCGGCCUUUUAGGUGGAGGUGUGCUUCAUACUAAAUUAUGGCUAAUAGAUAGACAACACGUAUAUGUUGGUUCGGCUAACAUGGAUUGGCGAUCUCUUACGCAAGUGAAAGAACUUGGAUUGAUAGCUUUAAAUUGUUCUUGUUUGGCGACAGACUAUGCUAAGAUUUUCGACAUCUAUUGGCAAUUGGGCAAAGAUGGCAGAAUACCACCAACGUGGCCGGACUCCGUCAACACGAAAAUAAAUAUUGAUAAUCCUAUGAAUUUUAGCUUAAUGGGUAACAAGUACAAAACGUUUAUUGCUAGUUCGCCACCUCCAUUUUCACCCAGUGGUAGAAGCAACGAUAUAGAUGCCAUUUUACAUUGCAUAGAAAAAGCUGAAAAAUUCAUUUACAUUUCCGUAAUGGAUUAUUUUCCUUUGAUUAUUUAUACUCCAAAAAUAAAGUAUUGGCCUGUAAUAGACAACGCUUUAAGGGCAGCUGCUAUCGAGCGUAAAGUCACGAUCAAACUCUUAAUAUCACUGUGGAAACAUUCGAGAGCAUCUGAGAAUUACUUUCUUAAAUCAUUGGAAAAACUGACGAAUAGUUACAGAAAUGUCAAAAUUGAAAUAAAACGGUUUGUAGUUCCCAGUUCUUCAGAAUUAGACAAUAUACCAUUCUCAAGAGUAAAUCAUAACAAAUAUAUGGUUACCGAUAUCUCUGCAUACAUAGGUACAAGUAAUUGGUCUGGUGACUACUUUAUAAACACAGCAGGAAUUGGAACGGUUUUUGAAGAUGUUGGUCAUAAAAAUCAUGGAAGUAUAAGACAACAAUUGGAAAAUAUUUUUAAUCGAGAUUGGAAUUCAAAGUAUUCAUUUCUGUUGAAUAAUACUGAUCAAGUCCCAGAAAAACGAAAAAUUCCGAUUGAAAACAAUUAUCUAUUAUCAUCUCAUAUUUAUCAUAUGCCUGCAUAAUCAUAACAAGUUGCAGUUGCUAUAUAAAAUUUAAAUUAUAUAUAAGAAAAAAAAUAAUCUAACUUCCUACCUUAAUAUAAUUUCUUCUAUAUGAUAUAUUUCUCUUUUCUUAUAUGAUAAAUUUAAGUUAUACAUUUACCAACUUCAGGAAAAAGAAGGUAUACCUUCUUCAUAAUAAUUAAUCAAAUAUUGGAGACUGAGAAAGGUCUGGUUUUAAAAUAAGCAGUACUGAAAAAUUUUCAAACGCACAUCAUGUAAAAAAAGAUAUCCUGUUGAAAGUAUGCUAAGUGUGGCUUCUUCCAUUUAAUUGUGUCGUUAUAUUUUUAUACUUAUAUGAGAUUAUAUUUGCUAAUUUAAAUUCUAAGUCAGAGUAUUGAUCUCUAAUCCGCAAUGUAUAAUCUGUAUUUUAGCAGAUAUAAAAUAUGUGUAAUAUAUAAAUAAUAUGGUUUUUAUUUUAAUUAAAAAACGGAUAUAAAUUCUAUAUUUGCUAUAUUUAUAAUUGUAAAGAACAACACAAAACAACUGGCUACCAUUAUCAAACAUAUGGCUGGAAAAUACAACUACUUUUUAUUAAAACACGAUUAUUCCUAAACAGUGAAAGAUCUAUUAAAUGUUAAAUAUUACCAAUUUUUUACGUGAUAUUAUAAUUAAUGAAGUAAUGCCACAAAUAUAUCUGUGCCUUGCUUUAAGUGUCCUUGCAUGAACAUUCAUACAGCCAAUAUUCAAAAAAUGAUACACACACACACAAUUCAUAAAAUUUACAGAAAUUAUUAUUAAUAUAUUUUCUAUGAGACAUAUGUGAUUAAUACUAAUUAAAGUAAUAACGACAUAAGAUGUUCAAAAAUUUAUCAUUUCCUAUUUUAUCAUUCUAAUAUGAGUCUCAUUUAAGAAUUAAUCAGGUGCAUUUGUAUAUAUACGUUUUCAUGAAAAUAACUUACAUUUUUAUGCAGAAUGUAUAGAUGUAUGAUAUUUGCACAAAAAUAUUAUAUUUAAAAUGUGAAUCUCCGCAUAGAAAAGUUACAAUUAUUUGUGUGUGUGUGUGUGUGUGUGUGUGUGUGUGUGUGUGUGUGUGUAUGUAUAUGUCAUCUAAGAUAUUAAAUACUUCCUCUACAUCAUUUCGUUUAAUAAAGCAAUACAUAACACACUUUGUAUAUAAACUCAAUGAAUUGAAAAUGAAAUAUUUAAAUUUAAUAAAUUCUAUCAUUAUAAUUAUAAGACAUACGCCUAAAAAUAUAAUAUAUUAAAGUACAUACUAUAUACACGGAAUGUUAUAUGGUUGUUGCAAGUUUAUUAUCUUCAAAUGUAUAUAUGUAUGUAUGUCGAAAUGUAUGUAUGUUCAUUUAAGAAUGUGCAAGUGUACAAGGUAUAUAUAUAUUUAUGAUAAUUAUUUCUGUUGUAAAUCAUAUUGAAAAUAUAUGUAAGAAUUCUA